UUGGAACAAGUGUCUGUCGGUCAGUGGGCACUCAUAAUAUUGACGGAUUUGAAUGCAACAUCCGGGUACUGCCAGUGCACUGCAUUGGCAUUGCUUGUCAGCGAGUACUCAAAGCGCGACGGUGGAAACUGGUGACCCUGUUGGUAUUUCAUCGUGUCCCCGCCACAAUGGCCCAGGCUUACCUCGGCUUGGAUAAAACCCAGUUCAGCUGUUCAAUAUGUCUGGAGCUGCUCAAGGACCCGGUCACCAUCACGUGUGGUCACAGCUUCUGCCUGGCCUGCCUGACAAGCUACUGGGACAGUCAAGUGGUCUGCAGCUGUCCACACUGCAGAGCCAUCUUCAGUCCCAGACCCACGCUGGGCAGGAACACCUUGCUGACCGAGAUGAUCCAAAGGCUGGGGGUGAUGCAGUUAAGUCAGGGUCCGUCCGCGCCUCCCCUCUACCAGGACCUGGCGCCAUCGAGGAGCCAAGGCUUUGCACAUACCACCUUUGAUGUGUCCUCAGUCCAUGCGGGGAGGACUGUUGGAGAGAAACAUUUACAAGAAUUGCGGAGAAAUCUCUCCGAGCAAAUCACCAAGAAAGAAUCCGAGGUGCAGCAGCUGAAACAAAACUUGAAGUCUUUCUCUCGUCUCGCCAAGGAAGCAGUCAAGGAUGCCAGCAGGAUCUUCGAGGAGUUGCAAGAGUUUUUGGAGUGCCGUCGGGUGGAGGUGAAGGCGCUCAUCAGGGCUCAGGAGAACGCCGAGGUCACCCGAUCCGAGAACCAGCUGCAUCGACUGGAACGGCAAAUCUCUGAGCUGAAGAAGCGAGACGCCACGCUCCAAGGGCUGUCACGGUCGCAGGAUCAACACCUCAUCGUACAGUCCAUGUGUGAGUCGUUGGGGAGUCCAAUCCAAGCGGGAGAAAACACUUCCCUGGUUGUCAGUCCCCACGUCUCCUUCGGCGGGGUGAGGGGCGCCAUCUCUGACAUGAAGGAGCAGCUCCAGGGUUUCUACCACGCGCAAUUUGCCAACAUCACCACUGCAGUAAAAAAUGUCACCAUUCUGGAGCUGGAAAAGCCAACUCAAGUGAUGAAGUGCGACAUUCCCAGCGUUCCAGCAUUGGACACCAGAAGUGAUCUCCUUCAAUACUUCCGCCCUCUUUCGUUGGACCCCUUUACUGCACACAAGGAGCUGUCGCUGACUGAAGGGAACCGCAUGGUCAGUCGAACAGGAGAACUGCACUCCUACCCGGACCACCCAGACCGCUUUGACGGCUGGGUUCAGGUCAUGUGCCGUGAAGGUCUGAAAGGAGUUUGUUACUGGGAAGCGGCAUGGGGCGGCCAACAGGUGGCGCUGGGAGUCACCUAUGAGAGCAUCAAGAGAAAGGGGACAUCCAACGAGAGCAGGCUGGGACACAACAGUCUAUCGUGGAGUCUUCGAUGCAGUCCUUCAGCAUUGGACUUCAUCCACAACAACGAGACAGUCAGCUUUCCCUCCGCCGCCGCAAUAUCCCACCGAAUCGGCAUCUUCCUGGACCACGAUGCGGGAGUGCUCCGCUUCUAUGCGGUGACCCCAGGAGGAAUCCAGCUGCUGCACCAGAUGAAGACUACAUUUGACCAGCCUCUGUACCCGGCCGUGUGGCUCGGGGCCCGUGCCACAGUCAACCUCGGCUGUGUUGACUGACUGAUGGAAGUAUACCCCACAUAAUCACAUUAUCACUGUCUGUACUUGCAUGCCAACAUGUACCUGAUUAGAAAUUAACUAUUUAGUGCCUUAAUUUUCAUAACAAUACAUUAAAAGUACUCACUGACUUCCCUUUCUUCCCUUAAUGUCCCCAAAAUAAACCCAACCAUGAUA